CCUCCAGAGUUUACUCUAACUCCGAUUAGUAGAAUCAGGUGUUUAAAGCACACUAGCUUGGUGUGAUUGUAAGAUGAAUCAAUUGUUUCUUGUGUAAUCAGGUUUCUCAGCAGAAGUGAUAUCCAGCAAUAUCCAUCAAUCUGUUUACAUGCUGUUUUUUCACAGUUUUAUUUUUUAUUUUUUUGCUCUUUGCUGUCUCACAUUUCAGUUGAUUGCUGUUUUGCACAAUCUUUUACAAUGUCUCAGAGCAGCAACUCUCAAUGGCUUAGCAUGAAGAAUUUACUAAAAGUUCUGGAGGGGAAGUGGAAAUGUUACAGACACAGAUUCGUCCCCUGGGUUGCUUUAAAUCUUAGGAAAAACGAGAGGACCCUCCGCCAGGUGAAACAGCGGUCAGAAGACAAGCGGAUAGACGAUGACCAAGUCCUCGUGUCCCUUCUGAGACUUUUUACCGAGUUGCUUAGAAACGACGCGAGCAAUCAAAGCGAACAGCUUCGCCUGUUAGCAGCCUCCUCUCGCCGUAAAUACUACAUUACCCACAAUGCCGCGGUGCGCAGACCGGAAGCGGCGCCUUGUGAGGUUAUGCUAAACACCUUUGGCUUCUGUGUGGAGAAAAUGGCUAGCUCUCUGCCGGGGGCGGGAAUUGGGGUGUUGGUUACCCAGGGACAGGUGCCCAAAGGUGUACCUGUAGCCAUGUAUCCAGGAACUAUCUAUCAGGCCGACGAACCCAUUUUUUUCCAGUCCAUUCGGAACCCAUUUGUAUUUCGAUGCAUCGAUGCUGUUUUGAUCGAUGGAAAUGAUAAAGGACUCUCCAGGCUAGUGUUUCGGUCAUGCAGUGGGCGGGACAGACUCGGCCCAUUUUGUUUGAGUGACAACUCGUGGUUGACUCCCCACCUAGAAAACCCUCUGGCAGUGGGGCAGUAUGUCAACAACUGCUCCAAUGAGAAGGCUGCCAACGUGUGCUAUCAGGAAUUUGAUGUUCCAGAGGAUUUUCCCAUAGAACUUCGUCAGUAUCUUCCUAAUGUUAAUUACAGGCACAGUGCACAAAGGAGUUUGCGCUGUGUCGUUCUAGUGUCAUUAAGAGAGAUUAACAGCGGUGAAGAACUUUUCUCCAAUUACUACACCAUAGUGCACGAUUCCUGAUAUGAUCAUCACUUUUCAAUGAUUGUAAAAAAAAAAAUUAAAUGUUUUUUUCCUUUUAUAUAAAAUCAUUAGGCAAGAAAAGAACUUAACACACUCACCAGGAGCAUGCCCAGAAGCAAGCAAAUGUCAUUUUGAACUAGUUAAUUGAGGACUUUAAUUACCCAACAUUUUUCCCCAUAAGAACUGUUUUACAGUCCUAGUAUUAGCUAACUAUCCAAGUUGGAUGUUUUUUCAGGCAGAAAAAAAAAAUACAGAAAUGUAGCCACAUGUGCAAUGGGACGUCACAUGUACAGGCAAGUGGUCUGUUUUUUGUUACACUGGGAUUUUUGUUUCUUUUUCUUACACCAACUGCAUCUUUGUUACUUGCGCUCCAACUUGAAGAAUGAAGUGUUUUUUCUUCAAGUCGUCACUGAAGUGCAAAGUAUCUUCAGGGUCAGCAUGAGUAUUUUUGUCCUUUCCCUAACAUUGAACUAGACCAUCAGCAUAGACUACAAUUAAGUCAAUGAUCCCAAUAUCAAGUUGAAAAGAAAGUCAAGAGCACGUUUUUGUAGUAUUUCCAGAACUUUAUUCCUGGAAGUGUUUGCCAGUUAUUUAAGUAUAACGUAAAAUACAAAAUACAAACCAACAAAAAAGGAAAAAAAAAAGUGUCUAUGUACAAACAUUAUGAAUGAUAAAAUUUCCAUUUGAAUAACUGCUGUUUGAUUGUCUAUUUAACACUAGAAUUUCUUUACACCAAAAUAAGUGUUAAAUAAUUUUUUUACAGUAAUGCUUAUUGUAUUUUCCCCAGCACAGAGUCAACAUAUGAAAAAAAUGAACAUCUACUAAACAUAACAUUAUUCUGAUAAAGGAGGGUCUCUAAAUUUACAAUAAAUUUGUAUGCCUCUGGAAGAAAACAACCAUCACUACGGUUACAACAUUUUUUAAGCUAUAACUUUCAUACAAACUUUGGACAGGAAUAAGUUACUUCAACACAAUUUCCUAAAGCUUUGUUUAAUCCUUGGAGGGACAGGAGAAAUUAAUUGCACAACCUACAGGACUUUUUUUUUUUAAGUGUAUUAAAUAAUGGCAUCAAUGCACAUCCUUCAAGUAUCUAAAAAAAAAAAAAAACAAAAUGGAGAAUUCUGGCCUCAAGUACAGGAUGAGUGUUACAGACCA